UAGGGUGCAGGAAGCCCAGGGAUGAACGGUACCAGGUCUCUGGCAACCUCCUGGCUGAGAAGGUGCAGUGGGAAGCUACCAUGGAGCAGCCGGGCCCAUCUGCAAGCCCUUUCUCAGCUAAAACUCCCUCCUUCCAGUUAUUAUAUGCAUGUAUACGCAUAGAGAACAUUUCAAUGAAGAAGAAGAGGAAGAAGGAGGAGGAAGAGAAGGAGAAGAAAACCAAGAAGGGAAAGCAUCUAUUUCCCAUGGGGCCAGAGUCGGGAUGCCCAACAGUGAUGUAAAGAGCAGAAGUCCGGCCAAUGACAGAAUCUUCCCAACAUGUCAUAUGUUUAUUUCAAAAAUCAAACAAUCUCUGAUAAAUAUUUACCCCCAAUGCUGGCAGGAAAGAGGGAGGGAGGUGCUGGAAUCAGUUGUUUGAAGGAUUAUCUUUUGCCUGUGGGAACUUCCCUAGAGUGUUGUCUAUAGCAACCCCGCCCCCCAGCCCCCCAUCCAUACACCUUUCUGUGACCUGAGCUAUAAAAAGGGCAUCUCUGAGCCCGGUCAGCUGUGGAGGGCAUGGGAGCUUUUGCCACCGGGAGCUGCCCAGGGCCCAGGCCACCAGCCUUUGGAUGGGGAGUCUCCGCUGGUGACUGUAGCUUCAGCCCUCUGGGUGUGGCCGAUAAUCAGGUUGCUCUGUUGUGCUCCUUCACCUUCUAAAGAUGCAUUGUCUUAUCUCUCUACACCUGCACACUGAAGAAUGCAAUGUCUUGAUUAACUUGCUUAAGGAAUGUCAUAAAAAUCACAGCAUUCUGAAAUUGUUUGGUCAUUGCAAUGAUUUCGAUCAGGAGAUGAGACAAUGCUUGAAGGAGUACAUGGAAAAGAGGACCAAGAGCAGGGAGCAUGGCAAUGUGAUGCGAAAAGGACUUUUUAAUCCUACAGAGGGCUGAAGAAUAAAUGACAGGCAUAUCUUAUGAAGAAAGAAAAAAGAAAAGAAAAGGAAUCUCCAUGCUACUUUUUUCAUGCUAGCAGUUCUGGCCAAGAAGGUCAAAAACGGGAAAGUCUGGGACAAGUCCUCCUCACCCCUAAACUAGGAUAGAUUAUGUCUCCUCCCCACGUGGCUCUCUAGUUCACUCUCCACACAGUAAGUCUUCCAACGCGCAAACCUGAUCUUGUUAUCUUUUUUAAAAACCAUUUUAUUGUUCUCCAAAUUUAAUCCAAAUUUCUUAGGCUACAAGGUCCUGCUGGAUCAGGCAUUCUGGCACCCCGGGGCAACUAGGCCCCACCCGGUGAAGUGCAGUUCCCUCGGGCUAGUUAGUUCGUUUUCUCUCUCCCUCCCUUCCUCCCUCUCCACCGCGCCCUCUCCCUCUUCAGCCCUUUGCUUUUCACCUGCUUUCCCUCCCUUUGCCUGGAAACCUCUCCCCACUCCCGCUGCUCCGCCACCUCUCGGACCCCGCCUCAUCCCCAGGCCUCUGUUAGGAUGUCGUUUCUUCCAGGACGCCUUCCGAGGCUGCCCAGGGACGGUAGUAGCCCCAGUAGCGAAGGUGCUUGGGUUUUGGUCUAUCGCCUCGAAAUCGGAUUGUCAGAUUCAGGAGCGCAGAGGCCGAACACGCGCCGCCUGCGGUCUGUGCGUUAAGGCGUGACAUUUCUGGGCUUGAAUUAAAGGACCUCCCUCCAAGCCUGCUCCGUCUUCUGAGCCGCCUCAGAGCUGGUC